AUGCCCAUUCCUCUCAUCCUGGAGCUCACCAUUGUUAAACCAUCCUUCAAACCUGGUGCUGGCAAGUUCUUUUACCUCCUCCAUAUCACAGACGACAUGUACACCAAGAGUUAUAUCAGCACAAUUGUCCUUUCUCCUCCCCUGCUUUGCAGACAACAUGUACACUGA